AUGGAAAAGGCAACCCCCCUCGUCAAUUCGUCCAUGCUCCCCCAGUACCGCGGACAGACGGUCCGCGUCAUUGGCAAAAUCACAAAGCUCCACGGCCACACGCUCCUCAUCCAGACGUCGGACCUGGGCAACGUCGAAGUCAUCCUCAACCCGGAUACCCACCUCUCCGGCAGCGGAUACGUCGAAGUCAUCGGCAAGGUCUCCGAGGGCAUGGACGGAGAGAGCACCAUCCGCGAGUUCACCACGGUCGCAUUUGGUGAAAAGCUUGACCUCGAUCUCGUCGAAAAAGUCAUUCAGAUCUCCCAGCACGUCCCGCACCUCUUCACCGAGGCGGCAUAG